AUGCGUGAGGUCACCGGUUCGAACCCGCUCUUGCCGUACAAGUACGGCAGGCGCACUGGGGCUUUUGAGAUUUCUGGGAUUUCCGUCAUCUUCACGUUGCCGUACCUCCUAACGGAUUCCUAUUCUCCUGCCUCAACGAUCCUGGUCACCCCGGACAAUCUGGCUGCAUGGGUGUCACUACUGGUGGACAUGCAGGUCCGGUCCCCGGCUGCCGUACUGGCGUCGUGUCCGGCAUUCCUCAUGGUUCCCCUGACCCAUACGGACACGACGACCACUCAUAACAUCGGCAUGUACGACAUCAAUACCAACACGAACGCGGCCACUGGGGGUGGGGCUGGAGCCGGGGAUGAGGUUAAGGACAACGGUGAAAAUGACAAUGGGAGCGGCACCAGGGGCUCCGAAACCGGUUUCGUGUACGGCGGUCCGGAGUACGGCACUGCCGUUCGUCGCUUUGUUGGCCACCUGCGUGACACGCUGUUAAUGGACGAGCAAGAUGUGUUUGGGCUGCUGGCCAGGUCGCCCCCCCUGGCGUUGAUUCCGCCCAACCAGAUAGAUGACGUCAUCAUCUAUCUGGCCCUGGUCAUUAAGGGAGCAGGACGAGGGCACAGAUAUGUGGAGGGGGAAACGGAGGGGGAGGGCGGGGGAAGAGGAGGAGGAGGAAGAAGGGCGGCGGCGGCAGGGUCCCUGCCGUACGGACCGCCGUACCAGUCGGUGCAGCUUCCGGAGGAAGUCGAGCUGGACUUGGCACUGUACCGCUUCCUUCGCCGCGCGCCGUCCAUAUUGGCCAUGACGCGGGGGCAGUUGUCGUACGUCCUGGAGCAACUGUCAUACCACGGCGGUCUGGGCUAUGUGGACAUGUGCCGGCUGCUGUGCGCGGUCCCUGAGCUGCUGCCGGCAGUUGCGGCAGCGGCAGCUGCAGAAGCGGCCGUACAUGCUAGUACGGCAAUGAGUACGGUACCGUUGGCGGUCUCGCAGGAUGCUGAAUUUAAUACUACGUGUGGUUCGGUGCCGGGGCAAACGGUUGCAGCGGUUGGAGAUGGCGCCCACAGCGGAGUGUCGCCCUUCACGUUCCUCGACACACCCGACCACGUCUGGAUGUUCAAGGUCUCCAUCUUAGAUUUCCAGCGCAGUGCAGUACAGUGUACGGCAGUCCGUUAUGGCCUAACGGCCCUACCCUGGGGUAUUCCCUCGGGGUCUGGGGCUCGCUGUAAUACCUACUACGACUACUACUACUACUACUGCUACUACUACUACUACUACUACUACUAUUACGUCAAGCCGCCUGACCUGCACAAACAGUGGACCCGAUUUCUCGUUAUUAACGACUGUAACCGUCACCCAUCAAGUUCACUACUAUACCGUACAGGAUGGAGCAUCGUCGUCAUUAUUAAUGAACUUGCAAUUGUUUCGGCCAUUAUGAUCAUCAUCAUCAUCAUCAUUACCAUUAUCAUUACCAUCAUCAUCAGUAUUUAUCAGCACGAAAUCUUAUCAUCGCACGUAGCACGCAUUCCAUCAACCUUUUUAACCAACAAGUAA